AUGUCGUCCAAGUCGCAAUUGACCUACAGCGCUCGCGCCAGCAACCACCCCAAUGCGCUCGCAAAGCGGUUAUUCCAAAUCGCAGAAGCAAAAAAGACCAAUGUGACUGUCUCCGCGGACGUGACAACCACCAAGGAGCUCCUGGAAUUAGCCGAUCGCCUGGGCCCUCACAUCGCCGUGAUAAAAACACACAUCGACAUUCUCUCCGAUUUUAGCGAGGAAACGAUUACCGGGCUCAAGACCCUUGCAGAAAAGCACAACUUCCUCAUUUUCGAAGACCGCAAGUUCAUCGACAUCGGCAACACCGUUCAGAAGCAAUACCACGGCGGCACCCUCCGCAUCUCCGAAUGGGCGCACAUCAUCAACUGUAGCAUCCUCCCCGGCGAGGGUAUUGUAGAUGCACUCUCGCAGACCGCCUCCGCCGCGGAUUUCCCCUACGGCCGCGAGCGUGGCUUGUUGAUUCUGGCUGAGAUGACCUCAAAGGGAUCGCUGGCUACGGGUGAAUAUACUAAGGCAUCUGUGGACCACGCGCGGAAAUUCAAGGGUUUCGUGUUGGGAUUUGUGUCGACGCGGUCGCUUGGGGAGGUGCCGACGGAGGGUAGUGUUGCUUCGGAGGAGGAGGAUUUUGUUGUUUUUACGACGGGAGUGAAUCUUGCGUCCAAGGGGGAUAAACUUGGGCAGCAAUAUCAGACACCCGAGUCGGCGAUUGGAAGGGGGGCUGAUUUUAUCAUUGCUGGUCGAGGGAUUUAUGCAGCACCGGACCCGGUGGAGGCGGCGAAGCAGUAUCAACAGGCCGGAUGGGAGGCGUAUACGGCUCGUGUCGCUGGAAAUUAG